CGGCUCGGCGGGGGGCUGCGGCCCCGCAGCCAUGGUGCGCCUAUACAACCUGCAUCCGUUCGGCUCGCAGCAGGUGGUGCGCUGCCAGCAGGAGCCCGAGCGCGUGUGCUGCGGGGGGCAGGACGCGCUCUUCGUGGCGGCGGGCUGCAAGGUGGAAGCGUUCUGCGUGGAGCCGCGGGAGCCCGAGCCGGCGCGGCCGCGCUGUAGCUUCUCCACGCUGGGCCAGGUGCUGCACCUGAGCUACAGCGAGACAGGAGACUACUUAGUGACAAUCGAGGAGAAAAACAAAGCUACGUUCCUUCGGGCCUAUGUCAACUGGAGAAGCAAGACCACCGAAAACUCUCGCGUGUGUAUCCGCAUGGUGGGGCACGGUGUGGAGGGCUGCUUCAGGGAAGCCUCCAAAGACCAGAUGUCCAUCAUCGAGAUCCCUCUGUCCGAACCCCCGCUGUGCGUCUCCUCUUGUCCCAUCACAGGAGAUCUUCUCGUUGGCUGCAAUAACAAACUGGUGCUGUUUAGUUUAAAAUGGCAGGUUGUGCACGAGGGAUUCUCCAUAUUGGACUUCGAACGCUCCUUAGUCAUACACAUAGACAGUAUUCUCCCCAUAGAAAUUUCAUUUUGUGCUGAAUAUAUCGCGGUAAUCUCGGACCUGGAAGUCUUAAUCCUGUGGCUGGAAUUUACUCCUAAAGAUGAAGCCAAUGUUGACCCUUCCCCACCGACAAAGGACUCUCCGGCCAGACUGGCCAUCAUGGAGGCUGGCACAAAGGGGGACGCUCGCACGCAGCCAGCCCCUCCGCUCGAGUGCGAGGAUUUUGUCAUUUGCCAGAAGCCCACCGAGCUCCUGGGCGAGGUGAGCAGACAGUCCGGCCUGUCCAUUACCUUGGAGUCAGUGGGGUUAAAGGAGGAGAAAGCCAGCCCUUCCCAGGUGCACUCCAUCCUGUACAGGCGUUUCACACCGGACGUGUCCUCCUAUGUCCUCCCUGAUGACACCAGGUUGCAUUCACUCCAGCUGCUGCCUAUUUACCAGACAGGUGCUGUUUCUGCUGAUGGCAAGAGUUCCCCUCAGGAAAAGGAAUUGCUAAGUCUCUUCUGUUUUUUCUCUUUACCUCAUAUUGGAUAUCUCUAUAGGGCUGUUAAAUCAGUGGAAUUAAUGUCAGUCUACCAAUAUCCAGAAAAAUCCCAGCAGGCAGUUCUUACCCCCCAGUUCCUACAUGUCAUUACAAGUAACAACUUACAGUGUUUCACAGUCCGAUGCAGUGCAGCAGCUGCAAGGGAUGCAGAUCCCUACAUGGAUACCACUUUCAAGGCUUGUCCGCCUAUUAGUUUGGAUAUCUGCGCCUUAAGAAUGCAGCUUUUCAUAGGACUGAAAGCAAUAUGUCACUUUAGGAAUCACAUUAUCCUUUUGACUAAAGCAGGUACAGAAGAUAUCCCAGAAAGAAGAAAGUUAUCCAAAAGGCUGCUCUCCAGAAAAGAUGGCAGUAUUAAACACAAGUCACCUUCUGCAGUGGAAGCUGGGUGGAACUUAUAUAUUGUGAAUACGAUUUCAACUGUGCAACUCUACAAAGAAAUGGUAGACUACAGUAAGACCUACAAGAACAUGAGAACUCAGAGCUGCAUUCAUCUCCUCAGUGAAGCCCACCUCUUAGUGAGAGCUGCUCUGAUGGAUCCCUGUCUCACUGAACCUGGAGAGAAAGAGGAACUCUUAGAAGCUUUCAGAGAAAGCUGUGGGCACCUUGGAGACUGUUACAGCAGGCUUGAUACCCAGUAUUCUCAUCUGGCCCUGCCUUAUUAUAAGAUGUCUGGUUUAUCUAUGACUGAUGUCUUGACUAUAGACUCAGUGGUAGAAGAUGGAUCACAGAAUGCUGAGAGAGGUUUACUCUUCUACAUAAACCAUUCCCUUUAUGAGAAUGUGGAUGAAGAAUUAAGUGAAGAAUUAGCAGCCAAAGUGAGCCAGAUAUUUAGUGCUGCUGAGCCCAAACAGCUGCCCCAUGUUCUCUGCAGUCCAUGCAUGAAAAAUAUAGAUCCUUUACUUGCCGUGAACUACUUGAAAAAGCUGAAUACAUCUGGAUUGUCCUCUGUCUUAGUGACGUUGACCAAGGCAGCGAUGGCUCUGAAAAUGGGUGAUCUGCAGAUGUAUAAGAACGAGAUAAAGUGCCAAACGGAAAUGGAGUUGGUGCACGGCUUUAUUUUGGAACCCCGAUUGUUGAUCCAACAGAAAAAGGGGCAAGUUGUGCCAACAGCGUUUGCAGCUCACCUCAAGGAGACUCAUCCAGAAUUGCUUGUGACCGCCAUACUGGGCCUACAGAAAAACGGCAAAGUGGAAGUGGAAGAAGCAGACGCCUUCUUCAAGGUGCUUUGCGGCAAGGAUGACGAUGUCAUUCCUCAGCUCUUGGUGGACUUCUGGGAAGCCCAGUUAGUAUCAUCCGUCCCUGAGGUAGUACUCCAGGAACUUUUCUUCAAGCUUUUAUCUCAGUAUAUCUGGAGACUCUCACAAAAGCAGCCCCCGGACACGAAGCCGCUGAGAAAUCCAAAAGACCUGAUAAACUCCUGUAGUCAUUAUGGUUUAAUUUACCCCUGGGUUAACUCCUUAACAUCAUCAGAUUCUUUACAUGAUCAAAAUUAUGCAGAGGACCUUUCUAAAUUACAGUCUCUGAUAUGUGGCCCUUCAUUUGACGUAGCUUCCAUUUUGCCAUUUUUGGAACCACUGUCGGAGGACACAAGUGCCGGCCUCAGCAUCCACAUUCUCUGUCUCAGCCGCCUGAAAGAGCAUGAGCGUGCCAUAAACUCGCUGCUGGACAGGUGCCCUGAGGCCGUCAUCCCCUACGCCCACCACGAACUGAAGGAAGAAGGCCCUCGGGCUUUAUGGUGGAAAAAACUGCUCCCUGACCUCUGCCAGCGAAUAAGACAGGGUGGGGAGAAAUAUGAAGUGCACCUUUCCUCGCUGAAAGAAACUUUAGCUGUUGCUGCCACGGAGUUAGAACUAAGGGAUUUCUUGAAUGUCCUACCGGAAGAUGGAACAGCAGCAUUUUUCCUACCAUAUCUCCUUUAUAGCAGUAGAAAAAAAUCUGUGACUUGAAUGCAACAAGAAGUUAUUAUGUGUGUGGGGAAAAUGCCUCCGUAAUAAGGAGAACCAAACAGGAAAUCAAGUACCAAAUAAGUGGGUCUCAAGUAGAGAAUUGCAAAUCAAGGACUGUAUGGACACAAUAUUCCUCCUAAAUAUAAGUGUACUAGAGACUUGCAGUAUUAGAGUGGGGAUACUAGUCUCUAAGUUUUUAGUGACUUGGACCAGCUAAGCUUAUAGCAUAAAACUUUAUGAAAUGAGAAUACUGUAAAGAAGCUGUAUUUAAGUAAAGCCAGGGGCUGCACUUUUAUAUACAGAACUGUUACCAUUUCUAACUCACAAAGCUGGACGCAAGACAAUCUUUUUAGCCUAAGGAAUGCAUAAAGGAAACUUUUUUUUUUUUUUACAACAAUAUUGAAAAUUGCAAGUUUUCCAGAGCUUCAUUGUUUUCCAUCAUUUUCCGAGACAGAUUGUAGGAAAGGAAACUCCAUCCAGGUCUCAGAUUUCCGGACUCCUAUUUUUCCAUUUCUCUUACAAGAUGUGAAGAAUAUAAAACUUUUGGGGCCAUCUAAGGUUGCCAACCUCUUUUCUUUGAGAAAUGAGGAGAUAAUAUCAUCACUUUCUAGCCGAGUGUCAAUAAUAAAAACAUUUGUUGAAUGGGUUGCUGAAUAA